CAAUCCAGAUAUGUCAAAAACCAAAAUCAUCGCAUUGAACAACAUCGAAAUAACAACAACCGGCAUUUCACAUGAACUGUCAAUCGGAGUUAGCGCAAGAAUGUAAUUUCAAAACACGCGAAACAUAUUCUGUGAGCGCGUAAAAUCUGUUCUUCUGAUUUCUUUUGUUAAUACCAUUUUAACAUGGGAAGUGCUUGGGAUACAUUUGUCGAAGGAAUAAUUUGGCGCAAUAACUUACGGCAGCAUCUUCCCGAAUGUUUUACUGAUGAAGUGGACAUUAUGUACCACCUAGGAAAGGAGGAAAUCUGUGCCCUUCUACAUUCAUGGUUACUGCAACUUCCGAACAUUCUUCCUACUGAUGAGAAUGUGUCCAACAAGUUACGCGCAGAUGCUAAUGAGUUUUUUAAGAACAAAAAAAGCAAUCAUUACGUGCUGCAUGCGUAUAACAAUGCAAUCGCUGGUGCUCCAUGUGGUUCAAGGGCUAUGGCGUUAGGCUACGCAAAUCGUGCCAUUAUACUUAUUCGCUUAGGACGAUAUCGAGAAGCGUUUCAAGACUGUCAGCUAGCGCUGGAUGGUGAUUAUCCUGAUGAAAAGCGAUUGAAAGUUUACUUCCGGCAAGCGGACUGUGUUGAAAACAUGAACGAACCUUAUAAGCUGGGUCCCAUUGUCGAAGGCAUAUCAAAGAUCAGCGGUACGGAAGGGUUGUCGAAGGGUGAGCAGGAAAAAUUGCGCACGCUUAAGGCACAAUAUGAUGUAGCUGAGAAGUCCGUAGCGAUGGACAUGGCGCAAACUGCACCACUGCCCGAGGGACGAUAUGAAGCAUCAUUAGAAGUCGUUAAAACACCGACACAAGGGCGACAUGUCGUUGCUAGGGAACCAAUAGAAGCGGACGGGAUAAUUGCGACGGAAACUGCCGUCUCGUUCGUACCAGUGUAUGAAUUCAAUACCCGCAACACGCUAGCUAGCCCUGAUUGCCAAAAAUGUGCCCGUGUCAAUGUGAUCCCUUAUGUAUGUUGCACGUGUGGAAGAGCAUGCUACUGCAGUCCACAGUGCAGAGAAAGUCAUCAAAGUGUGCAUCGCUUUGAGUGCUACGGCUAUCAAAAACGUUUGUGGUAUACUAUCGGUAUCGCCCACUUGGGAAUACGCUGCCUGCUGGACGGAUUCGGCACGAUUCGCAAUGCAGUGUUAAAGGCAAAAACCGCAACCGCCUGCUAUAAGCGGCUGAUCGAAGUAACCAGCGGCGAAGAAAAUGAACUGGGCCAAUAUGGCAGAGUGUUUGGGUUGGUGACAAAUUUCCAAAAAAUGGAUAAAGAUGAUGUAUUACGCUAUGCGCUGGCCGGUUUAAUGCUGUCCAUUUAUCUGAUUGAAUGUACAGAUUUUGUACGUGAUCAUGGUCUGUCGCAGGAAGGUACCAUACCGGCAUACGAGCUGCGAAUGUUGUUUGGUGCGCUAAUUAUGCGUCACAUUGGGCAACUGGUAUGCAACGGGCAUGCGAUCAGUGAACUAAGAGCAUCACAGCAAUCGGGUAUACUGUGCGAGGAUAAUUUCAUUCCCAACGUUGGUUUGCUGCAUCCCUACCUGCGCAGUUCACGCGUAUUUACUGCGAUUUUCCCACAAAUAAGCAUGUUUAACCAUGAUUGCGAUCCCAACAUACGCAAUCAUUUCGAGCGUUCGACACUCAAGGUAUACGCUACGCGUUCCAUUGCUGCCGGGAGCGAGAUCGUGAACUGUUAUGGUCCAAAUUACAAACUAAUGCCCGUUGAGACACGCUUGAUGCAUCUUCGCCAGCAGUAUUGUUUCGACUGUAAUUGUUAUCGAUGCCGAACUAAUGACGAUACGUAUAUCAAACAAUUCAACACGCUUCGGUGUCCCCGUUGCCGACAUUGCUGUGCGGUGGAGCUGGACAACGAGAAUUUUAAGACUAGCAUUGGCUUUGAUCCAGUUCCUAAAAAUCCCGUAAUUUGUUCACAGUGUUCAGAAAAAUUGUAUACCAGGCUGUACGUACGCUUUUCGCAGAUGGAUUUGACGGCAUAUGAGUAUAACGAGAAGGAUUUUAAGAGAAUCGUAACAGAGUAUGACUGGUGCAAAGAUUUAUUAGUCGACUACAAUCAAACGAAAGCCGAAUUACUGCAGGAGAUCCUUAGUCGCUACACCAAAUUUGCUUUUUCAAUGACAGACGAGUUGUUUUCUACCCUCCGUGGAUAUGCGCUAGAACUCGCAACAAUGAGGCGACACCAGUUUGGCUUCAUGAGUUUGGAAUUCUUAACCGGAUGUUUCUAUCUGUUGGAUAUUUGGGCCGUACUAUAUGUGGUUGGUGGAGAUGAACCGGUAACAUUGAAACCAGCAGAACUCACCGCCUUGAAUGAGUUUCGUGCAGCGCUCAGCAUGGUCGGAGCAGAUACGCGUGCACUAAUAUCGGAAUACAUGAAGGCACACGUAAUUUUAGAUGAGGAAACCCGCGACGAUCUAUGGAUCUCAUGUUGAUGGACCUAUAUCUAUAUAAACUUUCUAUUCUGUUUUUGUUUUCUACAUACUCGCGAAAAAUAAACGAUUUCUUGGCGGUUAAA